AUGACUUCGAUGACGACGACAAUGACGACGUUGCCAACGCUAGUGACGAAUGAGACAGCGGCGGAACCGACUUUACCACUGAUCGAUCCGCAUAAAUUGUUUGUCUAUUCAAACUCCUGCGAUCCGCGGCUCUUGGGGAAUUAUGAUGCUCAGCAAGACGUAGUGUCGGACAACUCGCACAUCGCACUGUUAGUGUUUGCAGCGAUUGCGGUGGUGUUGGAGGCAGUGGCAUUGGUGGUGCUCACCCGCCCAGCAGCCACUCGCUUUGGAUCCAUGCAACGCAGCCUCGUGGCGCUCACAGCCAUGGAGAUGUGGCUCAACACCACUAUCUUCGUACACAAGGCCUGGGAGGAGUACUUUACCACACGACACGAGAGGCUGUCCGAGUUCUGCUUCUCCUUCGUUCUCUUCUCCGGCCUCAAUAGCGCCAUCUGCUCGCGCAACUGGGUGGUUACGCUGAUCGCGCUGGCUCGUUGCGAGGCUAUCACACGACCCGUGGCGACCCGUGUCUCCACGCACAUCUUCAGUCCACAACGACAGCUCAUCUACAUUGGCGUUCUUAUCGUAUGUGGUAUCGCUCUCUCCACUUUCCGGCUGGUCAUUCGUCAGGUCCUCAUAUGCACCAACCUUGACAAUGUGGUGCUCCACAUUCGCAGCGAUCAGACCUCCCGGCUUCAACUCAUUAGUGAGAAGAUCUUCUUUGCCUACCAAUCUGCCAUUCCCAUUACUGUGGUGACUAUAGCAACGCUUUUCAUGAUAGUGGUGUUGCUGCGGCAUCGCAUGCCUUCAGAAAGACGAAAAGAGCAACAGCGGAAAGUAGAGGUAAGGGAGACUCAAAAGGAGGGAGAGAAGUGGAAGCGUUGGCGUUGUUUUCGAUGUGGUCGAUUAACACCGAGAGACGAUGGCGGCGGAUGCGUGGUGCCGUCGUUACAGGCGGUCCGUCAAGCACAGCGACUGCCCAACCAGAUACGCGCUACACGUUUUAUCCUCUUUAUCGCCACCAUUUUCAUUGUCUGUGAGGCGCCGGUCUUCUUUGCUGUCAUCUGUGCGAACAGUAUGUCUCCGACUGUGGUGAUUAGGGUAUUUACUUACUUGCGCUUCCUCAUCAUCGCCGACUCCUUUGCCAACUUUGUCAUCUACCUUCUCACCAGUCGUCCCUUCCGUGUGGAGUUGGUGAACCUGCUGACGUGUCGAAGAAAACGAGAUCUUCUCAAUUCCACCAGUCUGACCACUUCCAUUCAACCUCAACCCUCAAGGACAAGUGUCCAACAGAACUAG